AUGAACGACACGAGUUUUCUCAGCGCCUCCUCCACUCAGAUUUCAUGUUCUCAGGCGAUGGUCGCCUUCCGGUUUCCAUUCCGGAACCACCCGGAUUUCUUCCCUUCCAUUUCCCAGAUAAUCCCUUCGUCCGCCGGUUCCCCCCCACCCCCUCCUUCACCAGGCAUGUUCACCAACAGCGCGAGCGCCAUUGUGGUGGGUCUCGUGCUUGACCGCACUGGACCCCGCCGCACCACGCUCAUUGGCACCGCAAUCUUCGCCCUCGGCCUCCUCGCCCUCGCUGGCGCCGGCGCGUUCGCGCCCGGGGCCCAUAAUGACGCCGCGCCCGACGGCGCGACUCGACCUAGCGGCACUAAUGGUACUAAUAGUAACAGUACCGCGAAUGCCACUGUGGUAGUGCCAGCCGCGGCAGAACCCGCGAAUUCGAGCGCCGCUGCCGUGGCGGUCACAGGUGCGCGGCCCCAACGGGGGUUGAUGCGGGUCGAAGCAGCGUGGCUGAACGGGGGACUGCCCAUACCAGGGGGUUCGUGGGCGCAGCUGAUAGGGGGAAUAAGGGGGGCGCAUGGGGCGGGAGAAGCUGCGCGCACGGUGAAGGUGAUGGGCAAAGCACGGGUGGAGAGGACAGGGUGGGGUGAAGGACAUGCUUGUUGGCGCAGGAGUGGAGGUUGUCCGGGGGAGCAGGUGAUGCGCAGUGACCCCGGGGUGCAGCGGCGCCAGCUUGAGGCGGAGGGGCAGGGGAGCGCAGGGGGGACGGCAGAGGGGAGCAGUGGGGGGAAGGAGGAGGCGUCUGGGGUGCUCUUCUUUGCCGCAUUCUUCCUGCUCUCCCUUGGUGGCCCCUUCAUCUUCACCUCCUCCAUCAACUUCUGUGUACUGGUCCCGCGCCUCUCGUCCGCCAUCAUAAGCGCACAGGCGGGCGCAUUCGAGGCGUCCUCGCUCAUCCUCUUCCUGCUGGGCCUCGCCGUCACGCGCCUGCACCUGCCCCUCUCCGCGCUCGCCCUCGCCUACUGCCUCGUUCCCCUCGCCCUCGCCGCCCUCGCUGCCGCUGCCUUCCCCAACUCCCCCUUUGGCGCCGCAAAGAGUGGUGCAAGUGGUGGGACAGGGGAUACGCACGCGGAUGGGGGCUUGGGGGACGCUGCAGGAGCGGGAGUGCUCGUCAAGGGGGAAGGGGGAGGGGAUGGGGCGGAGGUAGGGGUGAGGGGGAAGGAAGGGGAGUGGGAGGGGCAAGGGGAAGUGGUAUUGGUGGCACGUCCAAAUGAGGAAGUAGGAGGAGAAAUGGGAGCAGCCGAAGGUGGUAUAGCUGAUGACGAAGGGAUCGAGGAGUGCUCCAGCAGCAGUAGCAGCAGCAGCAGUGGGAGUGGAGGGGAGAUGGGCAGUGGGGAGAGGGAGAGGAAGGAUAGCGUGAUAGCUAUGGUGGCGCCAUUGUUCUGGGUGCACGUGGCAGUGUCAGCAUACCUCGUGCUGCGCUCCAAUUUCUUCAUUGCUGCUGUCAACACCCACAUUCGCUAUACCGUGACGACUCUCCUCAGCAUCCCUCCCUCCACAGCCACCACCGACCUCCCAUCCGAUGCUGCCGCCCAAGUCACGAGCUACAUUGACAUAUUCAACAUCGUGCUGGCAGCGGGGGGGGUGUUUGCCGUGCCACUGGCGGGGUGGAGCAUGGAGCGCCCAGGGCUGCCAUUCUCCUUCGCGCUCACCACACUGCUCUGCGUGCUCUGCUCCGCUGUUCAGAUGAUGGCUGCUUGGGUCCCGCUUUCCAUGCAGCUAGUGGCGUUCCUUGCCUUUGCCAUCGCCAGGGCCUUCAUCUACAGCACCAUGGCGGCAUACGUCGGCACUCUCUUCGGCAUCAUCUACGGGUACUCGGGCAUCCUGCCCGUGCUGGUGGGGGAGGUGGGCGCGUUCAGCGACGCGUGCGGGGCGGGGGAGGACGUGCCGUGCGCCGCCCAGAUGAGCCUGCUCAACGCCGCGUACACUCUUAGCAUGGUGACCAACAGCGCGUGUGUGCUGCCAGUGGGCGCAUUCCUCGACGCCUAUGGACCGCGCACCACAGCCAUCACCGGCUCCCUCGUCUUCUCCGCGGGCCUCCUCGCCCUCGCCCUCGGUUCCGCCUUCUCCCACCCGGGCCUCCCCGCUCCUCCCCCUGCCCUGCCCGCGCCUUCCCCCUCCGCCUCCCUGCUCUCCAUGCCUUCCGCCUUCCCUGCCUAUCAACCCCACCAGACCCUUUCCCCCCUCCUCCUCCGCCCUCUCCCCCCGUCGUGGCCACUGCACUAUUGCCCCCAUCGCUUCGAGCUGUCAGACAAUCUUUCCCAGCCAAUAACAGGGCGCCAUGUGGGGGCCCCAGGGGACAGGGACAAUGCAUGGGAUGAAGAUGGCAUGGCCACCCGGGGAGAGGGUGCGAGGAGUGGGGGAGAGGGGAUAAGAGGGAUGACAGAGGGGUUGGGAUGGGUGGCAGGGGGGUUAAGAGGGGUAAAGAAGGGAGUUGGAGUUGCUGGGGUGUGCUUCUUUGCGGCUUUCUUCCUGCUGGCGCUUGGAGGACCCUUCAUCCUCACACCCAUGAUCAACUUCUCCGAGCUCCUCCCAUCAUCAGCAGCAGCAGUCAUAGCGGCACAGAGCGGGGCCUUUGACGCCUCUGCAGCCAUGCUCUUCCUCUUCGCCCUCGCCGUCUCGCGCCUUCACCUCGCCCUCUCUGCCGUCUGCCUCGCCUAUCUUGCCGUGCCGCUUGUGAUUGCUGCCGUUGCCGCCGCCACUUUUCCCGAUGUUCCCUUUGGCGCCUCACCCACCUCAGAAUCGCACACCACUCCUCCAUCCACCUCCACCUCCCCCUCCUCCACGUCACCGCAUCCCGACCCGCUCUCUUUGCUCACCGCUCCUCUCCUGCAACCUGCAAGCGAGGAGCAUUCAAGCAAGAGGCAGGCAAGCAAGGAGCAAUCACCGCAGAGGCAGUCAGAUGAGGAGGAAGGGGAGAGGGGGCAAGCGAGGCCCGCUGUGGAAAGGAGCGGCGGGAGACAUGAGGACGCAUGCGGGGAGGAGGAGGGGAUGAGAGGGGCGAGAGAGGGUAUAGGAGCGGGGUUGACAGCAAUGGGGCGAAGGGACGAGGAAGGGGGGGGAACUGGAGGGUCGAGAGAGGGAGCGAGGGGGCCGAGGCGCAGUGGGGAGUUGGAGCGGCUAUACCUGCUGCGCCUCAUGGGCGCUGCUGGCAGUGAUAAGGCUGCUGGCGGGGAUGCCGGUGGUGCAAGCAGCGCUGCUGCUGCCGACGAGCUGACCACGUCAGCACACCACGUGGCACUGCCAGGUGUCACAGGGCGAGGCAGCAGCAUCCCGCUGUCUCCCAGUCUGCCCAUCGUGUGGCUCCACGGCAGGAGCACCCCGUGCCUGCCGCCCCCUCCCGCCAUCUACAACGCCGAUAUCGCCACCCAGCUCAGGUGCCCCGUGACCCCUGUUCUGGGUGCACGUGGGGGUGGCGCCCUUCGUCUGUGUGGCUUUGUCUGCAUCAGUACACCCCCACUCCCACUCCUCUCCCCCGCACUGCUGCCGCUGGUCACCCCUGUUCUGGGUGCACGUGGGGCGUCUACGUCGCCGCUGUUCUGGGUGCACGUGGGGGUGGCAGCCUUCUACGUGCUGCGCUCCAACGUGUACAUCGCUGCCGUCAACGACCAGAUCAGCUUCGCCGUGCAUGCCAAAGCCAUCCACCCACCAUCAACCGCAGCAGCCGUGGAGCAGAGCUACAUUAACGCCUUCAACUGCCUACUCCCUGCCUAUGCCAAUGCUCCCUGCCUCCCAUCUUUCUCCCCCCCACCCCAAUUGCAGCACGCCAAGGCCAUCCACCCACCACCCACAGCAGCAGCAGUGCAGCAGCACUACAUCGACGCCUUCAACUGCCUGCUCCCGCUGGGCGGCUGUCUCAGCGUGCCUCUGGCCGGCUGGAGCAUCGACUCCCUCGGCCUGCCGCCCGCCUUCGCCAUCACUGCCGCCCUGUCGCUCCUCUCCUCCCUGCUGCUGCUCCUCGCCCCCUGCCUUCCGCUAGACGCCAUGGUAUCCCGCCCACUAGUGCUUGCUGCCCUCGUGAGUUUCACAGCCUACAGCAUCGCGAGGGCGUUCAUCUACAGCACCAUGGCAGCGCUCAUCGCCUCGCUCUUUGGCUUCCGCAACUUUGGCCGGCUCUACGGCCUCACACGGUUCAUCGGAGCCUUUGCCGCACUGCUGCAGUACCCCCUCAUGAGGUACGGCGAGGAGGCGAUGGGGGGGGACUUCACGGGCAUGACGGCGGGGUUCAUGGCGUGUGAGCUCGCCCUCGCCACGCUCUUCCCCCUCUACCUCACCCACUGCCUCUUCGGCUUCUUCUGGCGCCCCAAACCCUGA